AUGGAUAAUCCUGACGCCAUGGCGAGCCCUGGAACGACCGUCCGCGGCGCAACCUCGGGCGCCCCGGAUAUCUGGGGACGUCCCAUUGAUCGUACUUACUUAUCUGCAAAUCAAUCUGACCGUGGCCGGAUUGAUCCACGUGAGCCCGGAUACAUUCGUGAGUCGGAGUAUCGCAACGAUGUCCGCGGCCCCGGUCGUGCGCGCAAUCGUCGUGGCUCCGCAUACUACCAAGACCUUGACCUCAAUGGAGGACAAACCGAUCGAAACUGGUAUCGUCGUCGUCUUCGGUCUUCCAAUUCCAACAGUGGUCGAGGACAGGAGCUCGGCAAUCGCCGAGGCAGGAAGGGAGUCGGUAGAAAUGAACAACGACGUUGUUUUAUCUGCGACACACCCGGUCAUGUCGCACGUCACCAUAAUGCCUGGGCACUCUCGAAUCAGGGACACGCCGCCGGCAGCAUUGGCAUGACUGAUCCUGUAGUUCUCUCGAUCAACUCUGAAGCUCAUAUGAGCAUCCUGCCACAUACCAUCGCACCGCGCACCUCCCAGCAGCAGGAACAAACUCCCGUCGAUAUUACCGCUCUUAUUGCUGCGUGGGAGCAAUACUUGGCUCCGGGUUUGACCGAAGUGGAAGAUGCUUUGACUGCACUUCAAACAACUGCCGUCAGAAUGGGAGUUACGGCUCCUCACGCUGAGAUCUCGGGAAUGGUCUCGUUGUGGGACAGACUGAUCAACCCUGGACGAAUUCGUAUGGAGAGCUCUCUGGCCGCCAUGUGCGCCAACGCGGAAGGUGCUCAACAGGAAGGUUGUGCCAAUUCUUCUACCACCUCUGCUCCGGGCAACCAGGAAGAGCCAAGCUCUGAUGCUGCUGAGCUCAUGGACACGACGUCCGGUGCUGCGGACGGCUCGACUGGUCUCAUCGAUGAGUACGACUUCAACACCUACUGA